ACAAUGGCUAUGAGGCGUGGUUAUGAAGCACCAAGUCUAUAAGAGACACAAAAACGCCUAUCUCGUUAAUACAGCGUCACAAGAGACGAACACAACACAUAGUGACAGUUGCACAAGCCGCUUCGUGGUACCGACCACUGUUUUUGAAGUGUGUAUGUACGAACAGCAAAAUGUAUGCAACUGUUACUUUCUUCCUUUUUGUUUCCGUGUUCCCUUCUGGGUCUUUUGCUUCAGGUUCAUUGCGUGCUGCCCUUUUUAAUCCGACGACAAGCCCGGAAAAGCUGCCAGGAUGCAAGACAGAAAAGUCCAUAUGUUCUACCAUGAUAGCAUCGGGAAAUAUUGUGACUGAAGUGAAGCGUCAUUGCCUAUGUCCAAACUCUGAGUGCGCUGUGUAUCCUGGUCAUGCCAGUCUCCAGAUUGACAAACAAAUCUGGUACGGAACUUGUCAUCCUUUACAUGACAUUCCCGAUUGUACAACAGGACAACCCGUUGUUCAGGCAGCAGUUGAAGAUGCCAAGACUCCAGAGGUUCAGUGUCGAUGCAUUAAACAUUCAAGCGGUCAGACAGCUCUUUGGGAUUACGAAGACUCGUGUGCUGAUUUAGAUGCUUCCUCUACGAUGGAUGGAAAUAGCAUCGACAAUGCCAAUACAGACGAAAACGACUCAGCAAGAAUUCCGCCAGAGACUUUAAUUAAUAACAUAGGAGUUUCAGGAAUAAAAGUCCUUGAAGAUUUCCAUAGGCGUAAAUCGGAAAAUGGUAGAAACAUAAACACCCUUGGAAAGAAACGUGGAUUGCGAACUCCUGCAUUAUCCAAACGAGAUCCUCUCCGUGUCGUUGUCAAUAAGGCCGAUGUAGUUAAAACGCAUCCAGGCAUAGUGGAAAAUCAAGAAAAUGGCAGCUUUGUUCAGUGUGUGGGAGGCAGCAAAAGUUUUUACUGCAAGAACCUCCACGAAGACACACUUAUUAAACAAGCACCAAAACUGAAAGAUGCUUUUUCUGCUCGAGCUUUUAACAAUAUCCUUCACAACAAAUUCCAAAAUCCUCUCGAGCCUGAUAGAAAAUUUUCAAAAGGUCUACCGGGUCAACCCCAAUCCCAAAAUUUCGCAGUGGAAAGUAAAUUUUACAAACAAGAUGAUGGCUUGCUUGGAUAUUCCACGAAGACAUACAACACUGACUGUGAAUUAUGCAAAUUAUUUGAUAUCAAUAAAAAUGUCCAGCAAAAUAACGCUUUUUUAAAGCGGUCACGCCAGAAGAGAAUAGCAUUGUACAAUACAAAACCCACCGCCAGAAGCAUAUUCUACAAACAAAGAAGCGAGGCCAGCAGAGAACACAAUAAUAAACGAAGCGCUGAUGACAUUUCUUUCUACAAAAGAGCAAGUGAUGAUCACAAUAAUUUCUACAAAAAAAGGGUUGGUGAAAAACGGGCAUUUCACAAGCGAAUGCAAUAUGGCAACGCCGCAUUCUACAAAAGAUCCUCCAAUGGAAAUAGUGCUUUGUACAAGCGAUCACUCGCUGACAACAGAGCUUUCUACAAACGAACGCCGGAUGACAACAGUGCUUUCUACAAACGAUCUCCUGAUGAUAACAGUAUGUUCUACAAGCGACCACAUGAUGAUAACAGUAUGUUCUACAAACGUUCGCCUGGUGAUAACAGUGCUCUCUUCAGUGAAUCGCUCAAUGCUAGAAGUGCGUUCUAUAAACGAGCACUUAAGGACAAAACUGCAUUCUACAAACGGGCAUUUGAUAACAAGAACGCAUUUUACAAACGAGGUCGUAAUGAACAAGGUAAAUUUUACAAACGAAGACGCAAUGAGCAAAGUAAAUUUUACAAACGAAAACAUGAAAACAAUGCAUUAUAUAAACGAGAAAUUAUUGAGGAAGCUGCGUUAUAUAAACAGAAAGCGGAUAGCGACAAUGUAAUCCCAAGACCUGUACACUACGGAGGUACAUUCGACAAUCACCAGCACGAAGACAAGAGUCCAUUUUACAAGAGAGCUUAACGAUGCUUUCCAGAAACGGCUCAGUAACGACCUCAGUGCUAAUGAGCAUCUGACAGCAGCCACUAAGUUUACAACACAGCAGUUGACAAAACUGCAACCUCACUCGAGACAUUUUGGCAUUUUAUUUUUAUGAGAAAUCGUCGGAAACAAAAUACGCUAUUAUUCGAAUUUCGAAUGCAAAUGUGGAACUUGACAAUAAACCUUAAACAAUCGGAACAUGAAAGACUCUGUUGUGUUUCAUUGCAGGGU